AUUCAUCACGGCGCAAGAGCUGAGCCUGAGCAGUAUAAAGACACCCGCAAUUCAUCUAUCUUUUCAUCAGCAACCCACAACAACUCACUUCAGAAUCAUCCACCUUUCACCAAACUUCAGCAUCUUCUCUCCAUCAUGUCUCCUCUCGUCCAAAAGGGAAACACCAUCCACGUUCAUCCCGAGUUCCUCAAUGAUGGCAAGAGCAACAGAAUCACUGUCAGCUGGAGCCAGAACUGGCUAGGACGCAGUGAAAAGUACAAGGUCUGCAAGUAUACAGUCAAGUCUGGUGGUGACGCCAAUGGCCUCCUCUACGUUCAAGCCAACAAGGUCGCCGAAUUCAAAUCGAAGAAGACAGGCGGAGAAGACUUUACUCUGACAGUCGACGAGUCAUUCCAGUACGGGCAGGACAAGGAUCAAACCAAGCGCUUCCUUGUGUUUCACGACACGGACCACCGGCCUUACCAGCACCGUUUUGUUGAGAACACUAUCACAGAGCUGGGGGAUGAUGCCGCUCAGUACGUCAAGGAAAACAUCGGUAUGGAUUUCCAAGCAAUAGGUGACGUUGCCAAGAAUUACGUGGGGGACUACUUGCACAACUUUUAAGUAUCUAAGAUUCCAAGCCAUAAGGAUAUUCUGGACGCUACAUACCCUUCGAUAGUGUGCAGAUAUCCGCAUCGUAAUUUGAAUGAAAAUCCCUCGAGACACAUAUUUGACGAACUUCAUGCUGCGACUCGUGAUGCUGUGAAUGGGAAGCCCAUGCUUCUUCUAAGCUACUUGUAGCAUACACUAAUCUCCAUAAUCAACGCCAAAAGCCUACUGCACAGCGUGCCACUCUACAUAUAUCGUAUGCCUAACGUUAGCCCUAAUUCGUUCUAACGUCUUGCUAGUCAAUUUAUCGGUAUCUUUUUCCGCGCCACCUCGAGCAGCUUUGUGAUCCUCCACAGUUUCCAAUAUUAUCCAACUAACAGUCCCGAUUGAUGUGCUCUGCCACAGAGCCCAGACCACACAACAGUGUCGAUUCGCAAGCAUCUUCUUGUCGAUAGACUCGCAUUGACGUACCAACGUCGUUCAAAGCGGACACCAAUUCAAGAAGAAACAAU